AUGCUCACCAUUGUUCAGGUUUUCUGUACGAUGAGGUCAAGGUUGAGGUGCGAAGUGAUAAGCAAGGUGAAGAAGAGUACGGAUGACUCGCCGAUGGACGCGUCACACACGACCGCUGGAGGUGUGGAGGAAGAAGAGAUCAUAUUGCAGCAGCAUGUCCUCAAUGAAUGCGUUAUUGCGAGGGGUGCUAAGGCUGCUCUUCAGCGGUUUGAUUUUAUUGUUGACGGUAAAUACGUCACUCAAUUCCAAGGCGAUGGACUCAUCAUUUGCACACCCAGUGGGUCAAGUGCCUACAGUAUGGCCGCUGGAGGAUCUCUAGUGGCACCGAAUGUUCCUUGUAUUAUGGUAACUCCGAUUGCGCCGCAUGGAUUGAACCAGAGACCCUUGGUGCUGCCAGCUAGCGCCUCGAUUGAAAUAGUAAUUCCUCGUAGUACCCGGAGUCUGCCGGUGGCCUGUUUUGAUGGAGCUAUCGAGAUAGGUUUAGAUCGAGGGCAACGAGUGCGGAUCACAACGAAUUUCAAGAGAGAACGACUCUCUUGGCAGCAUCCUGUGAUGUAUGUCACCGGUUCCCUUCGUAUCAUAUUCGCAACAUCUUGUCGAUUGGUUCCACAGUUUGACGAGUAA